UCUCAAAGCUACAGGCGAAGGGGCGCUUCUUCCUUUCUGUCCGACAUCUUGAAACUGUAGGAACAUGCCUCCCAAGGAUGAUAAGAAGAAGAAAGACUCUGGCAAGGCUGCCAAGAAGGAUAAGGACCCAGUGAACAAGUCUGGAGGCAAAGCCAAAAAGAAGAAGUGGUCCAAGGGGAAGGUGAGGGAUAAGUUGAAUAACUUAGUCCUCUUUGACAAAGCAACCUAUGAUAAACUCUACAAGGAAGUUCCCAACUACAAACUCAUCACACCUGCUGUGGUGUCAGAAAGGCUGAAGAUCCGAGGGUCUCUAGCCAGAGCUGCACUUCUGGAACUGCUCAACAAAGGUAUGAUCAAGCUGGUCUCAAAACACAGGGCACAGGUUAUCUAUACCAGAAAUACCAAGGGAGGAGAUGCACCCGCAGACGAAAAGGAGGCAUAAACAGAUUGUGCAGUUGGUUUCUUGAAGAGUUAAGUAAAUUUGUAACAUAUGACUCAAUAAAAAGAAAAAAAUA